GAUGCGCAUGAACUAGUUGACUAGGUACGAAUAAAAGAAAGUUUCAAAAGACGGAAAAAGUUAUCAAUAUGAGCUGGUCCACAGAAUUCCCUUUUACACGAGCAAGCAUAAAGCAGUUGCACCAGUCUUUCACCAUCAGAACAAUAUGAACGAUCUCUGCAGUUGUACUUUCUGGUGAUUGCUGGAAUUAGAAGUUUCUGCAGCUCUUUUUUCGCCAGGGAAACAAACCCGCCUUGUGGAGAAAGCAGAGAUUUCCGAUGGUUGAGACAGAACGCCGUGCGUCUUCGGGCAUCAACCAACUGUGUGGAGAAUGCCUGUCCUCUGACCAAAUCGGGAAUCGCAGACGAGGACAUUUUUUUUCCCUUUGGAAAGAGUGUUGGAAAGUUGUCAAGCGAUUUUUUACUGUUUGUUUGUACACGUGUCAUUGAAUUUUCAACGGAUGACUGAACUGCGAGCGAGGUUGACGUCGAAAUCAACAGGCGCUUCAGCAACGUUUAAACCCCACAUUUGUGUAUAAAAUGUAUGCAAAGAAACAGCCUAACCAACUCUAUGUCGGUGUUAGACGCUUUUAUUGCCACUGCCAUACAAUGCAACGUGUUUCCACAUUCAAGUAAACAGCGCUGCCAAUGUUAUACAUACACUUGUAUAGGCUACAUAUUGUGAAAUUGCAUCCAAACAUUUUUUGAUACAGCCAGUCUAGCACCAUACAAUAAUUAUUUUUCACACUGUGAUCAUCUCAAUAUUAGGAAGAAACCCAAUGUCUUCCUGGAGCCCAUCUCCUUCGUCCUUACCAAAAGCGUACUCCCACUCUCAACAUCCAGCUGCUCCACCGACUCCUUCGCCAUCCCCUAGCCCUCCGGCUACACUCUACAGCCGACUGUCCAACGGUAGCCUGAGCGCUCCGAGCCCCACGCUCUCCCGCUGCUCUUUUCCCGGAGUCUCCUUUCUACUUCAGAUUGGACUCACCAGAGAGACUGUUAGCCUUGAAGCGCAUGAUUUGUCGCUUUCCUCCGUGAAAGAUCUUGUCUGUUCUAUAGUGGACCAAAAGUUCCCGGAGUGUGGGUUCUUUGGCAUGUAUGACAAGAUCCUGCUCUUCCGCCAUGACCUGAGCUCGGAGAACAUCCUGCAGCUGCUGACGUCGGCCGAGGACAUCCACGAAGGAGACCUUAUCGAGGUGGUCCUCUCGGCUCUCGCCACCGUUGAGGAUUUCCAAAUCCGGCCCCAUGCCCUUUUCGUGCACUCCUACAAGGCUCCAACCUUCUGUGACUACUGCGGCGAGAUGCUAUGGGGGCUGGUUCGACAGGGCCUGAAAUGUGAAGGUUGCGGGCUGAACUACCACAAGCGCUGUGCCUUCAAGAUCCCCAACAAUUGCAGUGGGGUGCGGAAGAGGCGUCUGUCCAACGUGUCGCUGCCGGGACCCUCGCUUUCUGCCCCACGUCCGACGCUUGUUGAGAAUGCCCCGGCCCCAGAAGAGCAGCGCUCCCACCAGGAUGCCGGGAAGCGGGUCCCGUCCUGGAGCGGGCGGCCCAUCUGGAUGGAGAAGAUGGUGCUGGGGAGAGUCAAGGUGCCCCACACCUUCGCCGUGCACACCUACACCCGUCCCACCAUCUGCCAGUUCUGCAAACGUCUGCUGAAGGGCCUCUUCAGGCAGGGCAUGCAGUGUAAAGAUUGUAAAUUUAAUUGUCACAAACGAUGCGCAUCAAAGGUACCGAGGGACUGCCUUGGUGAGGUGGUCUUCAAUGGAGAGCCAGCCAGCCCUGGCCCGGACUCGGACACCACCAUGGAGGUGGACAUUAGUGACGUAGCUAGCGAGAGCGAGAGCGGGCGGGGCAUGGAUGACUCAGAGGUCUCGUCCCCCACUGAGAGCAAGAUCUUCUUCAUGGACCCACCCUAUAUGGAGCCACCCUAUCUGGACGGGGAAAAGGACGAGGAGGCCGGCAAAACAAUCAGUCCCUCCACCAGCAGUAACAUCCCCCUCAUGCGAGUAGUACAGUCCAUUAAGCACACCAAGAGGAGGAGCUCGACCAUGGUGCGGGAGGGGUGGAUGGUGCACUACACCAGCAGGGACAAUCUGAGAAAGAGACAUUACUGGAGACUGGACAGCAAGAGCUUGACCCUAUUUCAGAACGACACUGCAGCCAAGUACUACAAGGAGAUCCCACUGUCGGAGAUCCUCCAGGUGGAGCUGGCCCGGGAUUUCAGCAGUCUGCCCCAGGGCAGCAACCCUCACUGCUUCCAGAUCAUCACCGACACCAUGGUCUACUAUGUGGGCGAGAACCACACGGGCAGCUGCACCAACCCGGGGCUGGCUGCGUCUGGAGUGGGGCUGGAGGUGGCCCAGGGGUGGGAGAAGGCCAUCCGACAGGCGCUGAUGCCCGUCACCCCCCAACCCAGUGUCUGUACCACAGCCGGGCAGGCCAAAGACCACAAAGAGUUGUCUAUCAGCAUAUCAGUGUCUAACUGCCAGAUACAGGAGAAUGUGGAUGUCAGCUCUAUCUACCAGAUAUUUGCAGAUGAAGUCUUGGGAUCGGGGCAGUUUGGGAUUGUGUAUGGCGGGAAACAUAGGAAAACGGGACGGGACGUUGCCAUCAAAGUGAUCGACAAAAUGAGGUUCCCCACAAAGCAAGAGAGCCAGCUGAGGAAUGAGGUGGCCAUUCUUCAGAACCUGCACCACCCUGGUAUUGUCAACCUGGAGUGCAUGUUUGAGACCCCAGAGAGGGUUUUCGUUGUCAUGGAGAAACUCCACGGAGACAUGCUAGAAAUGAUCCUAUCCAGUGAGAAGAGCAAACUCCCUGAGCGCAUCACCAAGUUCCUGGUCACUCAGAUCCUGGUGGCGCUGAGACACUUGCAUUUCAAGAACAUUGUCCACUGUGACCUGAAGCCAGAGAAUGUGCUGCUGGCCUCUGCCGAACCUUUCCCUCAGGUGAAGCUUUGUGACUUUGGCUUUGCCCGCAUCAUCGGAGAGAAGUCAUUUCGCCGCUCGGUUGUGGGCACCCCAGCCUACCUGGCCCCUGAGGUCCUGCGGAGCAAGGGCUACAACCGUUCACUGGACAUGUGGUCGGUUGGUGUCAUCGUCUAUGUCAGCCUGAGUGGCACCUUCCCCUUCAAUGAGGAUGAGGACAUCAAUGACCAGAUCCAGAACGCAGCCUUCAUGUACCCGCCCACGCCUUGGAAGGACAUCUCUGGGGAGGCUACGGAUCUGAUAAACAACCUUCUUCAAGUGAAGAUGAGGAAACGGUACAGUGUAGACAAGUCCCUGAGCCACCCAUGGCUACAGGACUACCAAACGUGGCUGGACCUCAGGGAAUUCGAGACGCGGCGAGGGGAACGCUACAUCACCCACGAGAGCGACGACGCGCGCUGGGAGGAGCACGCCAGGAGGCAUAGCCUGCUUUACCCGAAGCACUUCAUCAUGGCGCCCAAUCUGGAUGACAUGGACGAGGGGCCCUAGAGGCAGAGAGCGUCUGAGCCCACGCACUAUGCAGUGGGAUCGCAGAAACCCUCUCCGCCUGCAAGAGACCUUGGGAAGUGCUCCCUCCUCUGAAACUGGCUGCCACAGAGACCGCUGGACGCUGCCGGAGCUCGACUUCUGGGCGAAGGAGCACGUUUGUUCUGAGCCGGUCAGCGGUGCGCUAUGCUGCGUGGAGCAGAGAGGUGGCGCCGUGCGCGCGACAGCCCGAACGUUCCGUUGCGGUGGAUAGGAGACCGAUGGACUACGUGCUCUCCUUUUCCCCUUUCUUUAAAUAGACUGAAACCAAUUUCAGAGAAUAACCAAAGGCCCCUCUCUCUCCACUUAAAAUACUGCCUUUUUUAACAAGCCAUAAAAAUGCAGCUGUUGAACGUAUUUGGUUUGAAAUAUAAUUUCCCCUAUAUUUUUCUGUCUCAGAAUGGGAAUAGUCAGUGCAAUUGCACCCCACCCAGAGAAAGGGUAAAAGCUUGGGCCAUAUGAAGGAGUAAAGGGCACUUUUGCGCUUGGUUUCCGUGUUCUAUUUUUUUAAGUGUGAGAGAGUGUUUUUGCCAUCUCUGCAAAACUAGGUUAAAUGAAUUUUGCUUUUCCAAGAGAUUUUCAGCUGUUUUGUUUGUUUGAACUGGAACACGUAAUAUAUAGGCUAAUGCGUUCAAUACAUAUUUGUAUUGAACAAGGGGUAGAAUGUUUUUGCACUAUCGGUCAGCUACCCUUGUCUGGCAGGCCCUAAAAUUCAAGCAAAGGUUUGAAAAAACAACAGCUGCUGCUUAUUUCUUUCAGCAAAAAAACUAAUAUUUUUCAAAGGGGUUCCACAAAAAAAUAAUGUUUUCGAAAUUUUGUCAACUACCUAAUGUAGUUGCUGACAUUCCAUUGCUUAAAAAAAGCUACUGAAUACUCAUAAUUCCCCUUAACGAGAGCAAAAAUCUUAAGUUAAAUAUAUAUUAUCUAUUAUGGUUUCCUUAAAACAAAUCUUGGAAAGCCUAUUCCAAGUAUUGUCAGUGUGGUUUCAUGACAAUCAGGAUGUGAUGAAUUGUUUGUUUUCUCAACAAUAUCCUCUCAUCCAUGCUACUUGAGCAACAUUCCAAGUGCAAUGUCAGUAACUGAAAUGACUCAUAUUUUUUAUUUCCCCCCCCCGCCCAAGCUAUUUUUUUUCUGCUUUGCAGAAUGGACACUUGGAUGGAUGUAAGCCUUACAAUUUAUAUUGCAUAUAUGAGAGAUUGUACUAGAACAAUUGAGGCAAAGAACCCACCUCAAAGACUGAAAGACUGGUGAUAUCUGAUACAGUACUAGCAUGGUCUUCAUGGGUUAUGCAUUGCAUGUUUUUUAGUUUUUUUCCGAGAAGUGGAGGGAAAAGCCCCUUUUUUUUGCCUUAUCAUGCAUCACAUCAUGCAGCACAUCAAUGCAGUUAAGUACUGGGACCAACUGUGUGGAGCUGGUAGGACUGUCUGCAUUCCUGAAUACAUUUGCGUUUGCUCAGACAUUCCAGCUAUGGAAAACUUUUUUCUGUUAUUGAAAGUGCAUUUCAGUGAAAUGGACCCAUGAAGCAACAUUCUUGCUUAACAUUCCGAAAAACGUGACUCUUUAGCAAUGCAUCUUUUUAGUGGUCUUAAAGAUGGAGGACACAUAAUGCAGCUAAUGUGACAGAAAUGUCCUCAGUUGAGUUAUGGUCAGCGUUCUAUUCCUCAGUCCACCACCUUCAGUAAGAGAAUGUCCUUCACCCAGUGGAAAAAAAGACAGACAGCUGAAAUGGUGCCUUGCCUCCAACCUGCCAGUCAUGGUUUCAAAGUACAAUUUUUGCUCCUCCAGGGUUGUAAAUAUGGUCAGGGCAAAUCACUGGGAACAGCACUAUUUGGGAGCAAGGAGACUGACACUGCCAGAAGGUCUAGCGUCUUCUCAGCAUAUGGUUAAGCCAUUGUUCACUACCCACAAUCAUAAGUUUACAUAACUUAAAAUAUGGUUGCCCAAAUAAAUGUUGUACACACCUACUGAAUACACUUGGCAAGUGCUGGAGGCUCAACACCAUGGUGUCCUCUUAUCGGAUGGUGGCAAAAUCACUGCACAGAAAAGUAGGUGGUUCUCCCUCAAUUACUGUGGCAGAGGGGCCAAUCAGUUUGUGAAUGAAGCCCCCUCCGGAGUGCUUUUCCCAGCCUGGACUGUGCAGGGAAGCCUGCCAGGUAAAGCAGGGAGAAGGUUCAGAGUGUAGGCCUCACCGACGGCGCAGGAGGCGGGAGGACCGAGAUGCAAUCCUGGGAACCUCGUUACCCAUCUGUGUUGCCGCUGGACUUGGCAGGUGUCAGUAGUUUUGUACAUUUUAUAGUAUUUAGACUUAAUAAAAUUGCUACAACCUC